CCAACGUCCAGCCAAUCAGGUUACGCUCCACUGGUCAUGUGACACGGACGCAGGUCGGAGAGGUCAGCCAUGUCCAUGCCGAUCAACAGCGGUGAUGGCGCCUCGGGCAGUCAUGGUGAUAAUAUUUUGCAAUCAGCCCGCCACUUAUUACAUUUACUCAGUUCGUCUGGUCAACAAGGUGCUGCCAGUGGUGACGUCACAAAUCAACAUAUGAGAGAACAGAGACGGACAGAAUCAGUUCAAAUGGAAAUGACCAGGUCCUUUCCAGGUAUUUUCACCAGGGGGAGAGGGAAGAGGCGCUUUCCUGCAGCAAGUCCUGUUCCUGCCAAGAGGCCUAAACCAUUGGAUGUGGCUUUAUAUUUGUUGCCAAAGCGAUGUGAAAAAACCCCAAAAGAGCAGGAGCAAAUAGUCCAUAUGCAUGCGGGACUGGGCUGUAGAACUGCUCAUCUAGAUGAAAGCAUAACACAUGAAGAGCUAUGUGAUGCCCUCAAAGUUUUAUUCCCAAAAUUGGGGACAAUUACUGGUGGGUGGCUGUUAUACAAAUCUUCAGGUGGAUGGGGUAGCCGACAACUCUCUCUUGUGGCUCCUGAUGAUACUGGCUAUACAGGCAUGAUGCUGAAGUCUCGUGGGGCUAAAAACCUGUUCAUAGCCCCAAUUCAAGAAGAACUCAGUACAAAUCCCCUACCACUAACUGAUGAAGCAUUCAGUAACAUGCCAAAAGCCACAUGUCAGAAGUGUGGAGUUGCAGUUCCCCUUCCACUCCUGACAGAACACAUCAAGUCUUGUGAUGUCAUGGAUGUUGGCAGUGACAAUAACCUGGCUAAUGUGGAAACCAGUGCACUUGAAGAGAGAAAAUCAGAUAUGCAGGAAUGUCCUGUCUGCACAAAUAUGUUUCCUACUGACUUCAUUGAGGUACAUGCUUCCUCAUGUGUGGAAAGGGCAGGAAAAGACGUGACGCAUGAAAGCAUUGUAGUUGAGGAAGAGCAAGCAGCAAUGCCUGGACCAUCUGGAAGUUCUGCAGCUGUUACAGAUGGCUGGUUAACCAUCAGUGACCCCACCAAGGCCAUAUCUCAGUGUGCUGGCAGUUCUCUACGUAUUCAUGAAACAGAGAGUCCCUUACUUCUCAGCAUGGACAUCAGAAAAAGCCCUGCUGAGCAGGACAUGGCACUAAUCUCCUUCUACAAGCGACCUAAUGUGGAAUGGGGACGACCCCUGGAUUGCAAACUUGAAGGAGAUACUGCAAUUGGACAGGGUGUAACUCGAUUUUUUUUGUCAACAUGCAUGGAGGUCAGGGUUUUGCAUACAUUUUGCAAAUUCAAAUCUUACACGGCUUUUUGAAGGGGAGCCUGGCCAUUUAGUCCCCUCAGCCUCUCACUUUCUUGUGGAAAGUGACAUGUUCAUGGUGGCGGGGAGAAUGAUAGGCCACUCCUUUCUUCAUAGAGGACCAUGCCUGCAGGGACUCAGCCCUGCUGUUGUACAUGUUCUGCUUGGUGGGAGUCCUGAAACUGCCACCAUUACACUGGAGGACUGUCCAGACCUGGACAUCAGAGAAACAAUCAGGCUUCUUGAAGGGGGAUCCAUACUGUCCGAUAAGGAUAAACAAAGUGUCCAGGACUUGGCUUAUGCGUGGGACCUCCAUUUUCUAACUGAGAACAACAGGAGGUGGCUUUUUGAGAAGAUGUUGAUCCAUGCUGUAAUAGGACGUGUCACAAGGCAAAUUAAGCAGCUGAGACGAGGUCUUAAAGAAACCCCAAUGUGGACACUGAUGACCCAGAGACCUGACACAGUGGCCUUGCUUUUUCCUAAAGACGUGGCAGGGAAUUUCGGCGCUGAGGUGCUUCUUCAGCGAAUCACAUGGCCUCGUGAGGAUGACAGCGAUGAUGAAGAUUGUUCCACUGAAACCAAGUGCCGCAUGUCAGGCUAUCUACGACAGUUCAUAACUAAUGCAACACCAACUGAAUUGGCCAACCUGGUCAAAUUCUGGACUGGAUGGGAGGUCUUACCACAGAGUCUCUCUGUUGAAGUCAUCGAGGGCAGAUACCCCACAGCCUCCACCUGUUUUGAGACCUUGUGCAUCCCAGGACAUUACAAGGAUUACACAUCUUUUAAACAUGACAUCCUGGCCUGUAUUUGCACUUGCCAUACAGGAUUUGGUCUUGUGUGAGGAGCCCACUUCUUGUUGGCUGAACUGUUAUAUUUGUAGAACUGUAACUCGAAUGGUAACCCACAGAUGCUGUUCUUACUCUGGUUUGACACACCUUAAGUUGUUUUAAAAUAUUGAAGUUGUUAAAAGGUGGGCUUACACUGAUUUUAUUUUCACAUUGUUACAGAGCUGAAAGUUCUUUGCAUUGUCACAAAACAUCUGUGAAGCUCAGCUUUCAUAGAAAAAUGUGGUAUGUUUUAGGUUUUGCUAUGAGUGGCAGUUUCCUUGUAAAUGAUAUCUGCACUCAAAUAAACCAUUAAUGGAGUUUAAA